AUGACCGACGGAUUAACUGUCGCUACAGCUGAGCAGAUCCGUGUUCCUGAGACUCUCUUAAAAAAGAGGAAGAACCAGGAGAAGAUCGCUGCCGAAAAGGCGGCUGCUCUUGUAAAAAAGCGCGAGGAGGCCAAAAAGUCCCGCCGUAUUAUCUUUAAACGUGCUGAAAUGUACGUUAAGGAAUAUCGUGCAGCCGAACGUCAAGAAAUCCGCUUGCGUCGUCAAGCUAAAGCAUGUGGCAAUUAUUAUGUUCCUGCUCAGCCAAAGUUGGCCUUUGUUAUUCGUAUCAAGGGUAUCAACCAUAUUCCACCUAAACCCCGUAAGAUUCUUCAACUUUUGCGUCUAAUCCAGAUUAAUAACGGAGUAUUUGUUCGAUUGACUAAGGCAACAAAACAGAUGCUCCAAUUAGUUACACCAUAUGUUGCAUAUGGUGAACCCAAUUUAAAGUCUGUCCGCGAACUUAUUUACAAACGUGGUUAUGCGAAAGUAAAUAAGCAACGAGUUCCAAUAACCGACAAUGCUAUCAUUGAACAAGAAUUGGGAAAGUUUGGUAUUAUUUGCAUCGAAGACUUGGUUCAUGAGAUCUACACGGUUGGACCAAAUCUAUCCAAUCCCAAUGGUGGCUGGGCUACCAGGAAAUUCAGACACUACGUUGAGGGUGGUGAUUUUGGUGACCGCGAAGACCGCAUUAAUAACUUAAUUCACAGGAUGAACUAA